UUCUCUUCUCAACGUGUCUUCGUCGCCGUCGCCACUUUCUCCCUUUGACGAGGACACUUCACAACAAAACUACUGCACACACACACACAUACAAUGCCGGAGACGGACGAGGAGAAGGUUCGAAGAUACACGGAAUGUCUUAUGAAUGGUAUUGAUCCGAAGCGAGCUCUGAAGCGACUCUAUGAUCUCAACGUGUCACCAGAAGUUUUCAAGUCAGCAGACACCUACCAGUGUGUUAAACGAUACGAGUCUUCUCCUGAAUUGGCGAAAUAUGCGAAACGAGUACGAGACAAGCUGUUAGGCGGCCGAAAACGAGAAAAGGGAGGAGGAGAAGAUGACGCGGAUAUUGAACACACUGCAUUGAAAAAGGCGAAAAAGGAGGAAGUGAAUCUCGAUGAGGAAUUCGCUGAAGCUAUGAAAAGCGGAGUUUCAGCACAAGCGUCGAGUGCUCCGCGAGCAACUGUAGAUUAUAGCAAGUACAAGGUCGUGAAGCGAGUGGAGGUCAAGGUGGAACCGAAACCGGAGCCAGUGGAUGUUCAUGAACAGCAAGCCUCGUCGUCAUCAAUGUCUUAUCAAAGGGAACAUCAGAAAGAUUAUGCUCCGGUAGUUCCAACUUGCAAGCCAUCGGGUCAACCGAAAAAAGCGAUACCUCAAAGCAAAAGCUUACAUGCUGAUGAGAAUAUGUUCAAGCCACGAAAAGAACGACAAAAGGUGUUUGCUGGACGAAGGAAAAGAGUUGGAGAAGGUGUAUCAACACUUGUUUCCUUGUGCCAAACUGUUCUGAUGUCGCACAUUGACAUGAUCGAUCAUGUCGGAAUAGUACCAUUUGAUCUACUGAAGCCUGUUCUUGACCACGCGAGCACUGACCAACUCCGACAUAUACUGGACGUGAAUCCGAUGCUUGUUGAAGACGCUGACGAGAUGUUCCACGAGAUGGUCAGCAGAGAGUUUCCAAAAUAUGCGAAUCGAGAGAAGUCGGGAUGGACGUGGCGAGAAAUGUAUGAUCGACUCGUUGAGAAGAAGCAGAAAAAGGAAAAUGAUAAGCUGGAAAUGUUGACGUCUCGAAUCGGGAAAUCGAACUCGGCACAGAGUCAGGGACGUCAAACGAUGGUAAUCGAUAUGGCGCAUACGAGAGUUCGCUCCAAGUCAUUCUUCAAUACAGUCAAGGAUAGUCAGGUGAAGAUGUCUGCCACUCCAUCGGCGUUACAACUGUCACAGGCACGGAAAAAUGUGAAAAUUGAGGGAAAAGCCCAACUUCGAACUAUAACACCACGUGGCGGUGGAGUACCUUCAACGUCGAGAAGUCGCUCAAACAACAACAACAAUAUGAACAAUGGACUCGUUGUCAAGAAAACUGCACCUCUAAUGGCAAAGUGCAAGAAAAUGUUGAAGCGAUAAAAUUCAAUUUUAUGACAAGAACUCUCUCGAUUUAAAAGCAAUUUGGAUACCAACUCGUUUUAUUCUUCAUGCGAAAUAUCAUGUUUCUCCUUUCCCCAAUUUCUUCUUCAUCAUCGUAUUUGUAUUCUUUUCCCAUUACGCUGCACAGUUUCUAGACACUUCCUUUUCAUAAUGUUUCAUGUAUUACUCAAUUUUUCACUGUAUUCAUUUUUCUUUUCCAAGUUCUUUCCCCCAAAAAAAAUUAGGUUCAUGUAGUGAGUAAUUCACCCAGUAUGUGUUCAUACCCGUCGAACUGGUCGUAUUUUAAUUUUUCUUAUUUUUUUUCUUCAAUAAAUAAACAUUUUUAUUAAAGCUUUAU